CCCCUCCCAGCUCUGCUCGGCGGUGUCGCGCGCUCCCAGCCCAGCCCGCAGAGCCCGCUCCGCGGCCGCCCCGCCGCGCUCUCAGAGGCCGCCAUGGGCACCGCGCGCUGGUUCGCGCUGGGCAGCCUCCUGGCCCUGGCGGGGCUGCUGGAAGGCCGGCUUGUGGGAGAGGAAGAAGCUGGUUUUGGCAAAUGCGACAAAUUUUUCUAUGCCGAGACCCCUCCUGCCGGGCUGGCUGCCGAUUCCCACGUGAAGAUCUGUCAGCGCUUCCAGGGCUCCGAGCGUUUUGCCACCCUAUACAACACCCGCGAUCGCAUCCCAGUGUUCUCAGCAUUCCGUUCCGCGCGUCCCGCGCCUGGCAGCGCGGAGCAGCGCUGGCUGGUGGAGCCGCAGAUCGAUGACCCCCACAGCAGCCUUGAGGAGGUGAUGAAUGAGGCCGAGGCCAUCACCUCUGUGAACAAUCUGGGAAGCAAGCAAGCCUUGAAUACAGAUUACCUUGAUUCUGUUUAUCAAAGAGGACAGCUGUACCCCUUCACCCUCAGCAGUGAUCUCCAGAUGGCCACAUUCACUCUCACAAAUUCAGUUCCCAUGACCCAGUCCUUCCAAGAACGAUGGUACAUGAAUCUCAACAGCCUGGUGGACCAGGCCUUAAUCCCGCACUGUGGCAACGGGGAAGACCUGUAUAUCAUUACAGGUGCAGUGCCCUCAGGCAGCAAAGUUAAAGACAAAGUGACUAUCCCUGAGUUUGUCUGGCUGGCAGCCUGUUGUGCUGCCCCUGGAGGCGGCUGGGCCAUGGGCUUUGUCAAGCAUACCGGGGACAGUGACAUCAUCGAAGAUGUGAUGGUGAAAGACCUCGAGAAACUGCUUCCAUUUAACCCUCAGCUUUUCCAGAACAACUGUGGUGGGACUGAGCAAGACACAGAGAAAAUGAAAAAGAUCCUCGAAAUGGUUAAUCAAGUCCAGGAUGAGGAGCGAAUGGUGCAAUCUCAAGAAAGCUCUAGUCCCCUCCCCAGCACCAAGAGCAAGAGGUCUGCCCUGUUGCCUCCAGAGACACCUGAGGGAAGUAGUAGCUUUUUGGGAAAACUCAUAGGUUUCAUUGCUACCCCAUUCAUCAUGUUUUUCCAAUUAAUUUAUUAUCUUGUGGUGGAAAUCCUGAAGAACACUGUCUAUUUCCUGUGGUAUGUUACCAAGCAGGUGGUUGAUGGCAUAGAAAGCUGCCUUUACAGCCUGGGCUCGGCUAUCAUCUCAUACUUCUUGGCUAUUGGAGAAGAGUUGGUGAGCAUACCCUGGAAGGUGCUCAAGGUCCUGGUCAAGGUCAUAAGAGCCAUUCUUCGGAUCCUUUGUUGUCUGCUGAAGACCAUUUGCCGUGUUCUGAGUAUCCCUCUCCGAGUCCUUAUGGAUAUAGCCACUUUCCCUGUGUACACUGUGGGUGCACUUCCAGUCGUGUGCAAGGAUAUUGCCAUGGGAAUUGGUGGCACUGUCGCUCUGCUGUUUGAGACUGCAUUUGGCACUAUGGGUGGCCUAUUUCAGGUUGUUUUUAGUGUUUUCAAGCGGAUUGGCUACAAGGUUACUUUUGACAAUUCUGGGGAGUUAUAGAAUUCAAAAAAUAAAUAGUAUCUAGUCAGAGUGAAUUUGAUCUUUUUUUUAAUAGAGAAAGCUGGAAUAUUUUGUUUUUACAAUGGGUUUCUAUCACUGUUAAUUGUCAUUAUAUUUUGGCUCUUGAUGAGGGUGUUCACCUAUUUUUGCAAAGAAAUAUGAUGCAAUUUAGAUGACCCAAGAGAAAUGCUCAGGGUGGGGUUAGGUAUGGGAAUCUGCAGUGUAUCUCUAGAGAUAUGUGAAACUUCCAAGCCAUUAAUAACUUCAGUGAUUCACUAAUACAGAGUAAAACACCUGAAA